GUUGUAGUGGCCGUGAUGUUGACGGUUACCAAUUUCGGGGUGAUCGCGCCGAGGUCAAUCAUGCCUCAUAAGGUCCCCAGGCCUCAGAUUCCGAGUGAAUUGAGAAUGUAUCGACUUUACAAUAUACAUCAUAUUUCGCCAAGCAUAUGGGCACCCCCUUUUUUCUUCAAUAAUGUAGUUAUUCAAAAUCUGAUUAUUGGAAUUUUUAAAUAUAAUUUAAAACCAUAUUUUCAAAUUCCUGGGAUUUUUUCGUACUACUUAAGUGUCCUAUGGAGAUACAAACUUCUGUUUUUCAAAUGAGAACACCCGUUUUAAGCUAUAAAUUAUAAAGUAAAUAAUUUUUCUAAGAACUUUGACGUUUUAGAAUCAAAAUUCAUACGAGUACCUAUUAAUUGAGUUAUUUCCAUUUGUGUCCUUAGGAUAAAAUGUUCAUGGUAUAAUUGGGUCCAAUGUCUAAUGGGUUUAUCAGACACGGGAACUAUAGUAAUUUGAUAAUUUUAAUUAAAACUCAUCAACAGUGCGUUACCUCGGUAAAGUCAGAGAGACUUUUCCCCCCUAACGAGUUAUGAUAUUAUGAAUAUACAAACCCCCAAUUAAAAUAAUGGGACUCAAUUCAAUUAUCAACAACAACUUUGGACCCGCCGAUUAUUUCGAAUUGUUUAUGAAGAGACACAUCGAUUUUAAGUUGAAUUUACGAGAGUGGAUACGGCAUAUAAAACAAGCUAACACACAAUUAUUAAUUCCAUCUUCUUAUGUUAACCAGAAGGUCAAUACUACCAAUGAGCUUGACUACAUUGAUGAAAAUCUGUCAAUUUUACAUGGGAGGUUUCAGCAGAUAUGUGAAGACUUAAGAGGAUUCUUUCAAAUUCCUCCUGUUGACCAGAAGGACAAUUGUUUCGAUCUGUUUGGGGAUACCGACAGCCAUACUAAAUUUAUAUCGAAUUUACGAGAGAAAUUACGUCAGCUAAAAGAAGCUCAGAGUGGAUCAAAUUCAUCUACUAUCGUUAACCAGAAGGUCAAUAAUACCGAAAUGCUUGAGAACAGUGACCACUCUAAUGAAUUUCUGUCGAAUUUACAAGGGUGGUUACAGCAGCUAAAUGAAGGCGAGAGACAAUUCUUUCAAAUUCUUCCCGUUGACCAGAAGCAGAAUUUGUCAAAGCCGGACACCACGCACGAAGAAGCCCACGGUCAAGUAUUACCGACAUUUUCCGCUGUUCCAAUUGAGGUCGAUUAUUCCAAAAUUACAGGGAAUAGAGGCAGCGAAUUUAAGUUUAAUUUAACAGAAUGGAUACGACAGCUAAAACAAGCUCAGAGACGAUUAAUUCCAUCUACUCUCGUUAACCAGAAGAACAGUAAAAACCAAAAUAAAUUUUUGUUCGAUUACAUGGAUGAGGUAAAGAGAAGUGUGAUAGAACAAGCUCAGAGACGAUUCAAUCCAACUACUCCCGCUAACCAGAAGACAACAAAAUAUGGACCACCUCAGAGCUUGGAGUUUACAACCAGAAGCGCCAUAAUUGAUAGAAACACGACGUUGGUUGGUUUGCAGCAAAAUUCAUCAGAGCCAAACAUCACACUAAAAGAAUCCCACGGACAAGUAUUACCAACAGUCCCCGUGGUUUCAAAUAAGACACCGCUACCAGACCUAGAUAAUCAAAUUAUAGACGGCCACACUAAGUUUAUGUCGGAUUUACGAGAGAGAUUAUGGCAGCUAAAACAAAGUCAGAGUCGCUUCAUUCCAUCUACUCCCGUUAACCAGAAGACACCGGUAGCAACUGUGGAACAAGGAACUGCAGGGCACCAAAAUUUUCAGUUACCAGCUGAAAAUUAAAGAUGAAAUUCUGAAAUCGAAGUAGUUCUAUCAGAUCAGUUGGAUCGGUGUUUUAUGUACAAGUUUUACGGGGUGCAGUUUUCCCCUGUGGUUGCCACACAAGGGGCGACAAGGGCAACAUUUCAAUUCCCAAAUCUAUAUAUUGACCGGUCCCAUAUUUUAUUAUUUUAACCCAAAUAUUUAAAAACAUAGAUGUAUAAUAAUACAAAUUGUAUUACCAAAUUUUAUUUACCGAUCAUUGUUACUUUAACGGAAAAUAUAUGAGGAAUUUUUAGUUUUUAUACAGUUUAUUUAUGUUCUUAAGUCACAUUUAGUUUAAAUAAAUAAAUUACAACAUGAAUACUGUUAGCACUGAUAGUACUAUGAUA